AUUAUAGUUGUGCAACUUUUUUUUUAAUGAAGAUAAAGGUAAAUUUGCAAAUCUGAAACAGAUAUGAAUCAUGGUUAUGAAGAUUACUUAUUAAUGAUUAAAUAGAAGUAAUGUCGAUCACUGUUGCUCUGGUGUAUAUUUUUACGUCUUAUGUUUAUUCCAUGCCAACCUUAGAUGGACCAGUGAAAUGUAUCAUAAUACAAGAUAAACAAGGGCUUAAUUACCCACCAGUUCCAGCUUUCCUUAAAAACAACGAUGAGGAAUGUCGUCAAAUUAGCCCUCAGUGGCAAGGACAAAAAGCUUUACAGUGUGGUAACAGUGACGUAUACAUCAAACCAGAGUGCGUCUGUACAUUUCAUAACGUUUGGGAAGCAGUACACCACGAUCAUACGGCUUGUCCUUCCAGUGAGAAAUCAGACAGUGUUAUGAGUCUUAAUUGUUCAGAUUGUGAGAAAUACAGCCUUAACAACAAGGGACCGUGUAUCAAUGGUGGCAGUUUAAAUUGUAACAUAACAGGAAAUGUGAUGGCUCCCAAUAUACAGUGUGAUUGUCUACCUGGUUAUACCGGAAUGUUUUGUGAGAAUCACAUGCAAAAGAUGGUGAGAAUAUGUGAUAGAGUACAAAAUGCCACAGUUUUUACUGCUUUACAAGACUGUGACAGGACAAAAAUGGAAUGCGUCACUUAUAGUGAAAAUAAGCAGUAUGCCUACAAAUGUAGUAAGGAUGCAGUAAACUCUGAGAAUUUUGGCUCUACAGAACUGCCUUUGUGUGGUAAAACAGAACACAUUGUGACAGUAGUCCCCACUUCGACGGCUACAACAAAUUCAACUUGGCCUAGCAAUGAUCUGAAACCAGUAGGAGUUCAGUUGAUGUCAGGAACCGGAGAACUCCAAUAUUCCCUGCCAAUUCUAAUUAUAGCGAGUCAAAGCUCAAAUGUUCUGGUGUAAAUGUAUGUUUUAUGUCAGUUUUAACAAAUAUGAUCUCAUUAUUAAUCAGUAUUCAUUUAUUGAAAAGCUUUUGUUGAAAGCUAAUAAGGGUUUGUCAUAACUUUGUAAAUAUUGCUCAAAUGUUAUUCAAUAUUUUGUGAAAAGUUAUACUUUGCAUACAUCCAUUGUCACUGAAUUAAAUCAUACAUAUUAUAUAGUGUCGCAGGAUUUCUUAUUCAGGGAUUUUUGCCAAGAUUCAUUUGUUAUUAGAUUAUCUCUUUUAUUUCACUUGUAUGUUAUAAUGACCUAUACUAUGGGGAUUGGGCCAUGCUGGGUGGAAAUUGGUACUGGUUUGGUAUCCUUGUUUUCCAUUUGAAAUUGUUGCCUUUUGCUUUGGCAUUUUGUACAAGUGCCAAAGACGUAGAAUUAUGAAUUUUAUGCUUCAUUCAUGGAGAUUUUUAGGAAAUGUCCUGUCACAUCAUGGUUGUGUUCUUACUUCUUGUCUGUCGUUUAUCCUAUGUCUACUGUGCGC